CAGACUGCGAGCCGGCGCUCGUCCAGUACGCCGAGAGGCUGGUGCGCGACGUCAUCACGUGCGCCGUGCGCGGUCUGCGCCCCGAGGUCGGACAGUGUGCGCUCCGGCCGGCGGCAGUGGGGGAGGCGCGCUGUCUCCCGCCGCCGGACAUCAGUGACCUGGCCUCCUGCGAGCCUGCGGCCGAGGGAGAGCGGCCGGAUCCUGGGACUGCAGCGGCGGUGAGCGAACGGCUGUCGUCGGCGGACUCUGAGGCCGAGGCGUGUCGCAGACCGACGCCAUACUCUGCGGCCGAGACACGUGAUAGCGCGCCUCCGAGCGGGGCCUCCGAGCCAGGCCAGCGGCCGGUGUCGGGUGUUGCGGCCCCGGAGGCGGGCCCCGCGGCCGCGGAGCCGCCGGCCGGCCGUACGACGCCUGACGAGGCCGAUCAGCUGAUCGGCCGGCCGGCGGUCGCCGACGGUCGGGCGGCCAGCACAUGUGUGGCGCCGCCGAUGAUCAGCUGUGAGUCGGAAAGGCCGGUGAGUGCGGCCUCCGGUCGGGGUGUGGUCGCCGACGGCGGUGCGUCGCCCGCGGUGCGGUCGGGACCCGCCGGAGCCGGGCACGCGGCCGGCUGCGCGCCUUGCAUCGAUCCAGCGCGGCCGCCGCGGCCACCGCCGCCAGUGUGCGCUCGGCCGACCGCGGACCACCAGCCGGCCGCCGUCAUCCCGCGCUGCUGCGCCGACGCCUACGGCCGGCCGGGGCCACCGCGACGCGCCCGGCCGGCCGCCGCCGCCACCGCCGCUGCCACUGCGGACGACUCGUCCGCCUCCGAGCCGUUCACCUCGUGCGCCGACUGGCCGCCGGCGGAGGAGUGCGCCUCGCCGGCCGAGCGAGGCGCCGAACCGGCUUCCGAAGCGGCCAGCACCGACUGCGAUCUACUCGACGUGGACGAGCUGUCGCUGGACCAGGAGCUGGCCCAGGUGGUCAGCGUCGGGCGGGGCCUGCGCGACGACGUGCUCGACGAGAUCCUGGCCACGGUCGGCAGGACCGAGUCGUCCCGGACGGAGACGAGCGCCUCGGAGAAGGACAGCGCCCCCAGUGACGAUGAUGAGGAGCCCGAGGACGAGGAGGACGAGGAGGAGAUCCGCGGCUCCGACGACGACGAGCAGGAGGCGCCGUCCGACUACAAACCAGGUGGAUACCACCCGGUACGCAUCGGCGACAUGUUCCACGGGCGCUACCACGUCAUCCGCAAGCUCGGCUGGGGACACUUCUCCACCGUCUGGCUCUGCUGGGACAUACGGGACAAGCGGUUCGUGGCGAUGAAGGUGGUGAAGAGUGCCUGCCACUACACAGAGACGGCUCUGGACGAGAUCAAGCUGCUGAAAUGUGUGCGGGACAGCGACGAGGCCGACCCGUUCCGUGAGGGCACCGUCCAGCUGCUGGACGACUUCAAGAUCAACGGCGUCAACGGCACGCACGUCUGCAUGGUAUUCGAGGUGCUGGGCCACAACCUGCUGAAGCUCAUCAUCCGCAGCAACUACCAGGGCAUUCCGCUGGAGAACGUCAGGUCCAUCAUCAAGCAGGUGCUGGAGGCCCUCGACUACCUGCACACCAAGUGUCAAAUCAUUCAUACGGACAUUAAGCCCGAGAACGUGCUGCUGUGUGUGGACGAGGCGCACGUGCGCCGGCUGGCCGCCGAGGCCGCCCACUGGCAGAAGCUCGGCCUCAAGCUGCCGGGCUCGUUCACGGCCACGGCUCCCAAACACAUGCAGCAGCCCGACCCCUCGACACUGUCCAAGAACAAGAAGAAGCGGCUGAAGAAGAAGGCUAAGAAGCAGGCCAAGCGUCUGGAGCAGAUGGCCGAGCUGACUGAACAGUGGGAGCGUGAGCAGACGGAGCAGGCGGCGCUGCGCCAGGAGCCGCCCGGCGAGCCGACGCCGGCGGCGGCGGCGGCGACGGCGGCCGAGCCGGCCGAGGCCGAGCGGCAGACGGCGGCGCCGCCCGAGAACGGCGACGACCCGCCAGCGCCGUCGGCCGAGCCGCAGCCGCCGGAGCCGCGGCCGCCCGAGCUUAGGCAGCCGGCCCCCGACCAGGCCAACGGCGACGGCGCCAAUGGCGACGCCGCCAAACUGGCCAACCGCCAGAGCCUGGCCAACAUGGAGGAGGCGCUGAUCCAGCACUCGGUCUCCGGCGAGACCGUCACGCUGCCGUACGACCUGGAGCCCGUCGCCGACGACGUGUGCAACGGCCAUGGCGCGCCGGGCGAGCAGCCGCCGGCGGCGGCGGUCAAGGAGGCGCCUACCCCCGACGGCGGACCGCCGGACGCCGAGAAGGGCGUGGACUCGCCGGCCGACGCCGCGCCGGCCGCCGGAGAGGCGCGCAGGCCCGAUCCAGUCAACGAGGUGUGCGAUAUGAAGGUCAAGCUGGCCGACCUGGGCAACGCUUGCUGGACGCACCACCACUUCACGGAGGACAUCCAGACGCGUCAGUACCGCUGUCUGGAAGUGCUGCUGGGCGCCGGCUACGGGCCGCCGGCCGACAUUUGGUCGACGGCGUGCAUGGCGUUCGAGCUGGCCACCGGCGACUACCUGUUCGAGCCGCACACGGGCGAUAACUACAGCCGCGAUGAAGACCACAUCGCGCACAUCAUCGAGCUCACCGGCGACAUACCCAAGCGCAUCAUGUUUGGCGGCAAAUACUCGCGCGACUUCUUCAACAAGAAAGGCGAGCUUCGCCACAUCACCAAGCUGAAGCCGUGGGCGCUGCAUGAGGUGCUGAUGGAGAAGUACGAGUGGCCGGAGCCGAGGGCGCGGGCAUUCGCCGACUUCCUGCUGCCGAUGCUGGCGCUUGACCCGGAGCGGCGUGCGUCGGCCGCCGCCUGCCUGCACCACCCGUGGCUCAGCUCGUGACCUGGCGCCCGGGGCGCCGCACAUUCCGGCCCGCCCGCGCCGCCGCCUCCUGUGAUAGGGUGGCGGCCGAGCCACCGCUAGUUUUGUACGGCCGGCCGCGCCGCCCGUGCCCCGCCCGCCCCCUCCCGGUGUUGCCUGCCGUGACGGCCGCGGCCGCCGGCCCAGUCAGCUUGGUCUCCUCUCCAGCCGGUUCAUGUUCACUUAGAGUUAAGUUGCUGUUUGAGGAACCCGAAUCGAUAGUGUUUAAUAUACAAUUGGACUUGA